CUUCCCAGCGCCCCUCCUCGCCGCUGCCACAACCCGGGGCAGCCGAGCUCUAGCGCUGCGCGAGGAACGGCGAGGGACGCACCUCUGCAGAGCAGCCUUCUCCUCCGUGGCGCGCGGACCGCGCAGCGCCGCGCAGUAGGAGACACCUGACGUUCGUUCGACAACAGCGCGUGUGACGUACUGAACGACGACCCCAGGGAUCAGCCGGGAGCUUGCGCACGCCGCGAUUCCUUCGGAGUUUUCGACCUGUGUUACGACCGACAGUCUCGAUUGUCUCUUCGACCCGAGAUUGUGUGUUUGUUCGUGAGACCGUGCAGGCUGGCGCGCUAGCGAGCGCGUCCCCAUGUCACCCGCGUCGACCCGUGGCAGUGCCUGCUUCGACGCGCCAUGAAUGUGUCGCCGGGACGGAAGUGACUGAAGACGUGGAUUCCUAACGCGUUUCUCCGAGCCCUUGUGCCUGGAACUGUGAUCGGAGGACCCCUUUCGUCGUUGGUCCUGGGCCCACUCACCUCGCGUCAUGUCGUCAGUAAGGCGACGUGCCCGGACCCCGAUCGGGAGUCCCGCGUACUACGGCAGCUCCGCCUUUUCCGCCUCGUCGUCGCCGUUCGACGUCCCCCCUCGGUCCAGGUCCGCGCUACACCAGAGCUCUUUGGACCUCAGCAAAGCCCGCAACCCGUCACUGUCGCGCAGGCUUAGGGACAGUAGCUGGGGCUCCUCUGAAUGCCUGUUCAGACCCAGUUCUUCGGCGUUGGCAUCGACGGCCAACUACGUCCUGUCCAGCCUGGGAGCCGAUUUCCAGCGCUGCCGCUCUCCCGCCCGGGGCUUCACGCCGCCGCCAUCGUUACGGCGGUUGGGGCGCGAGUCCAGCCCGUCUCCCGUGUCCAAUUAUUACAAGUCUACGUACGCGUCGUCCUGGUACGAUGAAUACAGGCCCAUCCUUCGCGAACGACCCGCCCUUAAGGACUGUCAGCGACCGGCGAGAGGAUCAAAGGAGAGGCGCGAGUCUAUGGGUAUCAUUACCAGACACCGGCACGUUGUCAAGUUCAGAGAGGACCCGGCAUUGCAUGAGUCUAGCCCAGUUGUGUCCCGAACGAGGCAAGAUGGCUCUGGUCAUAGCACACGGUCCGUCGACUCUGGUAUUGGCAGCUUCAAGGACGGCCAGUCGGUCCAGUCACCGGUCGAUCUCGAAGACAUGUUGGGCCUCGACGCACCGCCGGUUGUCCUCGAAGAGCUUAGACGCGACUUGCUACCUGUGACACCCGGAGGCAAGGGGGCCGAAGGGAAGCACAGUAACGCUACUCCGACCACACCCCAGAACGACCGCGCUGACGACAGCAUUGGUAGAAGACGGAGGAUGCGGAACCGGACAGUUUCGGAAGAAUUACUUAGCUCUGCUACUUCAAAUGUACCUCAAGAAAGUGACAAGUUAUCACCCUCAAAACACCGCUCACGUAACACUUCGUCUCAGUCUAACGGUGUUGCAACUGACGGACCCGCACAAAAGCCCGUAGUUGAUGGCGAAACAACACCUACGAUCGAACUUCCCAAAGUAAGCGAGAUAUACGAGACUGUGGUUGUGAAACUGAAGAAGCCGAAGGGAAAAGGUGCACCCGGUGACGUCAGUCCUGUACCUGAUAACGUGGAGAGUGUUGUGCACUGCCUUCCUACGCCAAAUGGACACUGCGUUGGCGCCAGUGAACAAUCAGUAGAAGGGAGGACACGUGAAAUAUCUCCCGCCGUAGUUACCGUAGAGCUUCCUCCAAAGAAAAAUGAGAAUGCUGCUCAGGAGGCCACCAACGAAAAUAAGGUCCCAACUACUACUGCUGCUAAUGCAUCCCCGGUUGUGAAAAAGGUACCGAAGACUGGCAAGAUCGCUUCUUCUCUCGCUCAGUUAAAGACAGGUCGAAAACCGGAACAAGAUCAAGGUAAAACGAAAAAAGAUGCCAAGACUGGACCUCCCAGUCCACAGCCGAAAUCUAGUCAGCCGUUGACUCCAGAGCCUCGAGACAAGCCCAAGCUAGUCAACAAGACGGCGCAAGCCGCACUGAAACUGAGCAAUCAGGAUCAAGCAAAACAUAAAAUGGAAGACACAAAGCCACCAAGUACCGCAAAUGCAGCAGUUUCACAGUCACGCACUUCUAAGCUUGAAACGCACACGGCGCUACAAUCCAAAGAGCAGGCAUCUAAGGAUGCCUCGACAUGUCAGAAGUCAGACAGGAAACCUCCAUUCCAAACGCAGCCACAAGAAAAGCCAGAACCUAAAUCGGCCAUCGUGGACAAACUUCGCACUGUUGACGCUGCAAAGGCGAUGCCUAAGGAUGUUGUUGCGCCACCGGUACUGCUGCCGAAAGUCGUGCCUGCGAAACCGGACACUACCGACAAAACAACAGCUGUUGCAGAUACAACUAUCAAAAAGCCCGCUCUAGGGAUGCUUGAAUUGCGCAAGAAGGAGCCACAAGGAAGGCUCGCAUUCAAAUCCAAAGAGCCUCAAGGAAUGCUCGAGCUCAAGAAGCGACAGCCAAUCCCAAUGGGCGCUCCCCCAGAGCCCGCGGUUGCUUCGAAACCUCAAGAGACUGUGCCGCCACCCAAACCACCUCAGGAGCCGGUGCCUGCUGCUGCGCUUCCGCCCAAGAAAGAUGCACCGGUUGCGGUGACGGACAAGGCUCCGCCAGCCGGAUCGAGACCUGCCGUUCCCACUUCGCUUCCGCAGAAGAAGCGUCCCUCCGCGCUUCUUGAGAAACUUUCGCCGACGUCGGACAAGGCGCAGCCGACCACUCCACCCCCGCGUGCUGGUCCAGCUGAGGCCAAGGUGGAUAAGCGCCUCAAAAAGAUCAGGCGAAGCAAGGACUCAGAAUCGAGCGGUCAUUCCGUACCCGCGAGCCCGACAUUUUCGGCCGCACCUUCCCCGCUCGCUUCACCGCAGGUCGAAGCUGCGCCCGCCCCGUGUGUCGGUACACCGCCGGCGACACCCGACACUGGUGAGCCGCCGAGCAAAGCUCCGCGUAAAGUGAAGAAGGUCAAGAAGGCGUCCAAGAUUAAGAUCGCCGGCCUAGCAAGCAGCUCCAGUAGCACUAGCAGCGGCGGUAGCGUGGGCGGUAAGCGAGGCGCCAAGCAGGCGUCCCAGGAACUAGAAUCGCCAACCGUCCCCAACGCCGAAGCAGCCUCGAGCGUGCGGAGUCCUCCAGCGACUCCCAGCGUUCCUCCAACUGCCACCGCUGCAGCGGUGAUCGAACCCAAAGCAUCGGCUGCUGAACCGUCGCUUCCGGCGGGCGUUCAACCGGAGCAUGCGGAGCACAAACAGCGAGACGACGAGGCCGUCGCUGACGCGUCAUGCGAAUGCAAAGUCAACUGUCACAAGAAAUGCGAGAAACACAUGGCCAACCUGUGCGGGGUCAACCAAAAGCUCCUCUCCGAGGUGCUCGCCACGGUGAAGAAAGAAAUGGCGACCUCUCCGCCUGCGGCGGGGACACCCGGAGGAGGCGGAGGCAAGACCCGUGCGGCUGGUUCCGGAGCUCCGGAAGAGGCUGCGACGAUGCCUGCAUUGCCCGCCUCGCCGCGCCGGUCAUCGACGAUCGCGGACAUUUCCGAGGUCAGGCAGCAGCUGCAGUACAAGGACCAGGAGCACGAGCGCAAGGAAGCGGACAGGAGAGGCGAGGAAGCGGAAGGAAGGUCGCGGCCGCCACUUCCGGACAGCCGGUCGGCACCGCAGACGCCGACGCAGGAAGAGCGCGUCAAGUUCCGCAAGUACAACCUGACAGAUUUCAACCUGCUCAAAGUCCUUGGCAAGGGCAGCUUUGGCAAGGUGCUGCUGGCCGAGCUGAAGGGCACGAAGCGCCACUACGCGGUCAAAUGCCUCAAGAAGGACGUGGUGCUGGAGGACGACGACGUCGAGUGCACGCUCAUCGAGCGCAGGGUGCUCGCCAUGGGCACGCAGCACCCGUUCCUCUGCAACCUGUUCUGCACCUUCCAGUCGCAGAGCCACCUCUUCUUUGUAAUGGAGUUCCUGAACGGAGGCGAUCUGAUGUUUCAUAUACAACAGUCCGGAAAGUUCGACCAAGAUCGAACAAGGUUCUAUGCCGCCGAAAUUGUCUGCGCCCUAAAAUUCCUUCACAAAAGGGGCAUCGUGUACAGAGACCUGAAGCUGGACAACGUGCUGCUGGACCGGAAUGGCCACGUGAAGAUCGCCGACUUUGGCAUGUGCAAGUGCGGACUGGCGGACGCCGAGAAGACGUCCACCUUCUGCGGGACGCCCGACUACAUCGCGCCCGAGAUCAUCAAGGGCCAACACUACAAUCAGUCGGUGGACUGGUGGUCUUUCGGCAUCCUGACCUACGAGAUGCUCAUCGGCCAGUCGCCCUUCAACGGCACCGACGAAGACGAGCUGUUCUGGUCUGUCUGCAACGAGGAGGCCUACUACCCGAGGUUCCUCAGCCGCGAGGCAAAGUCGCUACUAGUACUGCUGCUGGACAAGAACGCCGAGACGCGUCUUGGCAUGCCCAGUUGUCCGGCGGGUGACGUGUGCGACCAGCCCUUCUUCCGCAACAUCCAGUGGGAAAAGCUCGAGAAGAAAGAGGUCGAGCCACCGUUCAAACCCAAACUGAAGAACACGGCGGACGUGAGCAACUUCGACAGCGACUUCACGAUGGAGAAGCCCGUGCUGACGCCCAUCGACCCUCAGAUCUUGGCCUCCAUGGACCAGGAGCAGUUCAAGGGAUUCAGCUACACAAACCCAGCCAUGACCGACUGAGGGCAAUGCUACGGAGGCAACCGCGCAAAUGGAAAUGUACUAGGGCGCCUCGAAGCACGAGUGCAGCGUAGCGCCCUGACAACAGAAAGCAACUGUGAUAUGCGGCACAGCCUGCUCUUUUUUUGUUAUUUUCUGCCACCACGUACGUGUAGGUGGACAGGCUGACAGGUGAAGCUUUCUAUAACAAGGCCUGCUCGCUGCACGCCAUGCUGCACAGCUGCCUAGCCUGCACCAGAAAGACCCAAAUGAAGCUCGUUGUGGUCACACGAACAUGCUUCAGGGACACCAGCACUUAUGAGUGAUGUACAGUCAGUUUUCAAAAAAUUAACAGAGAGCCGAGCACUUGUCGAGUCUUGGGAAUGCAGUGAUGAUGUUCGGGCUCCAACUUUCCACCUGAGCACCCAUAUUUUGGGCGUUCUAGGAAUGCCACACGAAUGAGCGCCCUCCACACCUCACAGCCAAAAAAUUGUCAGGUCACACAAGUAUUGGACUCGGAACAUAUUUAGAACGAUGGCGUUUGCAUAAGCCUUAUUCGGCAUGCAUGUGGGGAACGGCAGAGUCUCUCCAGGCUGUUUAUUUGCACAGCGAUACAAAUGAGUACGCAAGAAUAUUUGCUGACAUCCAGAAUCCAUGGUCAAGAAACUUCUAGAACUGUGUUUUUUUUUGUGAGUUAUGAUACACUGACAUUGAAACACGUAAAUUAGGUGUGGUUUUAUGGCUGGACUUGUUCCGCGGUGACGAAUUUGCUGUAGCAAGUAGGGCUCCACCAAUCGACAAUUUCUUUAAUUUCUGAUGCUUUUCCUACAUUUAUGGUAAUGUGCGAUAUUUGCUGACCUGGAACGGAGACUCGAUCUUAAAAUAGGAACAAGCACCUACAGCCGCCCCAUAUCAACAUAACACACAACAUCAUAACCUUCCGUAUUUAGGUAUCAGAAGGCCGUAGUUUCUGAUAGCAUGAGAGGAUCUGUGCAACAGGGUUCAUUUUAGGCUAUGACGUUCGAGAUAAGGACAAUGUAAAGGUUUUGGUUUGAGGUGCUCCAGCAGCACUAGUAGAUGCUUAGCUAAACUAGUCGCGAUUUUGUAGUUAUGCCUUCCGCUCGAUCCUGUGCCACUCUCAUCAUCCACCGUUCACGACCGGCUGAUCCCAUUGAUGAUGCUCGUAGAGCGUCGCUGUGACCACUGAAGAAGCACAAUAAGUGCAAAAAAAGUAUCAUCAGAAAAUGCACUGCUGGAAAACCGCGGCCCUGUUUAUUUAAGCAUCACACGUAGCUAUUUAGAUCUAACAAAUACAGCUGCCUUAGUAUGACCAAAAACAGUUAGUUGGCAAGUUAAAUACGCGCCAUUUUAGAGCAAGCAACCCAGCAAUUUAUUUCGACGAAAAUAUACGUACACGUUUCAAUCUCCUUGUACAGCACCAUGAAAAUCCCUGCAUCAUAAACAUUUUGUACUAAUGAGUCAGAAUGCGUGAAUGUAAUGCCAUGCAAUCAAGGCCUGUCAGCAUCAAUAACAAAAAGCUAAUUACAAAUGACAGCGUUGGUCAAAAGUAAAUUGCAUCGCAUUGGCAGGCUAUAGCGCACAGUAAACGCAAAAGCAGUACAAAAAACGUAGACAAAGCGGUUUGUCAGCGUAUAUUGUACUCUCCUUAUGUCCUUGUGCACCGGUCGGCUAUAUACUGUGUAUUAUAACCUACUGCAUUCUUAUAACCAUUUUGUAAUUGUUCAUAACUCCUCCCCUCUGCUAUGCCUCUGGUUUUGAAGGCAUUAUAAAUAAAUAAAUAAAUAAAUAAAUAAAUAAAUAAAUAAAUAAAUAAAUAAAUAAAUAAAUGUGGAAUAUACCACCAAGUCCAAACUUACUCACUUUAAAAAUUAUUUUGAUGUCACAGGAUCACAUGGCUCGACAUUUAUUUGGCAAUGAGUAACUGCACAGCUCGAAUUGCACUUCAAGCAUGAAUUUAUACUUUGCGAAUUAAUAAUUUUUAAUCACAGAACUACCUUUCCGACACAGGAUGUACACUAAUAGGAGAGACACCUAGCUGGCAGGCUUGUAAUCUCCCUUUAAAUACAUUUUUAUUUCUCUUUUUGAGGUUUUGUAUCUACUUGCGCUGUGACGGAUUUACUACAAUCCUAUUGUCUGAACACUUUUUUUUACUGCCGGAAUAUGACAAGUGCAAGUUUCCGAAAGUAUACAAGCCACUUGUUGCUGCAUAACUACAAAGCUUUCACCAAAGUAAUUAUUCCACUAGAAAAAAAGGUGCUGAAUUCCGUGAUUGCCUUUUAAAGAGAGGUGCAGAGCUUGAAAACACGACUCAGAGUUGUACAGAAGGGAGUUGGCAGUCCGGCAACCAUUUUCAUUGACACAGUUCGCUAAAUGACUUCAAGGAAGCCGUUUAGUGGAAGGCGUUUUUGUGACCUUGGAUAUUUUACAUCUCACUUACUUCCAUAAACAUAAAACUGUACCCUCGAAGCUUCGUUUCGAACAUUAUUUCGAACACUGCUUCGUGAGACAAGCAGAAACAAGUGCGAUCUUCUCUAACACCGCAAGAGCGUUACCAAGAAAUGUUUAAUGGUAAGGGCCCUCAAAUGAGCGACAGCAAGCACACUCCAAGAAUUAUUCUGACACUCCUUUCCAGCUGCAAAGAAUUAAGCGCGCUCGUCUCUCAUCUCGAGGUAGUCCUGAUGCUAGACGUGAUGGUCCUCACGCCUAUUGUGUGGGACUUCUGCGCACAACAUAUUUUUCAUAAAAACACUGAUAUUUCACUGCUGUACAGGACACAGAAGAUGGCAUUGGUGAUGCAUUCCUAAAAAAUGGUGUGUAUAUCUGAAACAAAUAGCUCCUUUUUCCGUAAUAGUAUCUAUUCCAGUAGAUUUUUGUCACAUGAGGCAUGUCGGCAAUGAACUUAACAGAAGAAAGAUACAGAUUCAUUGCAGCGUUCGACAGCGGUGCCUUUUAACGCAAGCAAAGAAAGGUUUCAACUCCACAGAGUGAGCCAAUAUCAGGGCAGCGUAGAAUCCAAGCGUGGUUUUAAGAGCUUUGGCCCUUUUGUGACACUUAGUGCAGCUUUACGCGUUAGAAUGUAUUUACAAGCAAGCGUUAGAGUUUCCGCACCAGUGUGUUGCGAGCGCGAUGGAUGCUUUACUUUCGUGGUGUCGUAGAUAAUCUAGGUAUCAUUGUUUCAUAAGAAUUUUGUACAUCGGGUCAAAGUUCAUUGUGGGCUUCAUCAAAAGCGCGCUUUGCGUUGCUUACCUAAUGCAAUAGCUUUGCAGGCUGCACUGAAUUUAGCGCGGAUCAAACUCGCAGACCUUACAUCGAGUGAUGGUCAAACAUCGUGCUUUAUUUAAAAAUUUUUUUUCACUGCAUCAACCCACACACUUCAUUCUGCAGCUUCAGUCAAGCUAGCUGCGUCAUCAAAAGUGGUGUUCAGUAUUAUAGCGUCAUACCUCGGCUACGGCAAUGUCAGCUAACUUCACAAUCCGCGUGGGCGGUGCAUUUAGUGUAACCCAGAGUGCUCUCAUCUUUUCAUGGCGGCCGCGGCAAGAAUGCCAGAACCGCUUUGUUGCGAACAAAUUCAGGUCUUAUUGUCAAUAAUAAACGAAAUGAAGCAA